AUGAUCCCCGACACAUGGAACUAUAAAGGACAAAGAGUGAAAGACGUCCACUUUGAUGCAAAAGAGCCUGACAAUGACUGUGUUGUGAGCCACAUAAUCAGAUUGAGAGGAAAACUGGGCUGGUCCACUGAGAUUCCUGACAGGAGAAUAGCAAAAGCAUGCACACAGAACAUACAGGAAAUCCCUGAGGGGACUAAAAAGGAUCCUGGAGAGUAUGUGUACUGUCUGAUGAGGAACAGAGGUGACCUCAAAAUCCAGCCCAACCCCUAUGAUCUUCAGGUGGUUUCUGUCCAGACAGCUAAACAGAGCUGUCAGUACUGGACCGUCAGCGCUUCAUGCAUAUUCAAGGCAGCAGAGGUCCACGGUGCAGAGAGACUGUUCCUCCCUCUGUCCUCUCAGUCGACCAACAGGCCGCUGUAUGCUGAGGUGGCUGAGUGGCGGAUCCUCUUGUGUCGCUUCAGCCACUUCCUCAACCUGAUAGACAGAAUGUUUGAAGAGAUGCUCUGUGUCUUGGUCAGAUCUGCAGUUCAACUCCUUCUGUUGUUCCUCCGAGAGUCCUCUAACACUAAUGGAGUGAAAGAGAGAAGACAAAAGACAAUAAAGAUGGCAAGGAUGGAUGCAAGUGGACCUUACAUGAAUAUUAUCAAAGAGCCAACUGGUCGUAAUGCGGCGCAUAAACUUUCUUCACACAGCCAAGGCCGACCACAGCUUGUUAACAAGAUGCUACCAGAUUUGAAAAGGGAAGAGCCUAAAGAAGAGAUCCAGGCUGUAUUUGAAGUGAACGUCCUGCUUACAGUCACACCUGUGAACCAGCCAAUGACAGAUGAUGUCUCAGCCAAAGGGACAGCCACAACAGAGCUCCACUCUGAAGUCGACACAAAAGAUACAGAGAAGGAUAAAGAGGUUUCCCGUGAGGAGACUCCAUGGCGUUCGCCCAGCAAACGAGUGAAGCUAACCAUCUAUCCCUGCCUUGAUGACUUCACACUGCACAUUCAACAGGUGCUACAAGGAUUUGAACAAGUCAUUGCCAAACAGACAUCCUUCAACCAAGACCCUAAUCUCCUGGACUUGCACUCGCCCCCUGUGUUUGACCUGAAACUGUCUGUUGACGAGGAGCUGGAGAAGGAAAGAGACCAACAUCUCCGACCAUGGCCUGAGCUGGAGCUGUUACUGGGGACAGAUCCCGCUUUCCAGUCUGAUGUACGUAACUAUGCAGCACUCACAGUGACACGUAUACGCAUCUCACACCUGUCGGACAUCCUCAGUACCGUCCAGCGAGGGAUGCAGGGAGUGGAGAAGCACUGUCAGAGGCUAGAGAAGUUCUGUGAUAUGGUGGAGACAGCCAUGUUGACUGACAUGGAUGGGUUCUUGGCCGGGGAGAAAUGGUCUCCCCAGGAUAUCAAGGCCAUCUUGGCGGUGCACACAGAGAGCAUCAGGCUGAUGAAAAGGAUAGAGACUGAGACCCGUGUCAACAUGAUCCUGGUCAGGUGUCACCAGUACCAGUCAAACUGCCUGCCCUACCCAGAGGCUCUCAUCUUUACCAUUCACUCCAUGCUCCCCUCCAUUGUAAAGAAGAAGAAUCUGGAACUGAUGGAGGUGAUCAGAGGAGCUCUUAAAAAGCUGGAUAAAGACAUUUUUACAGUGGAAGAGUUUGUUGAGCAUCUGACCUUCCUGAGUCGGAUAUCUGUGCAGAUUCCAACUCUGGAAAGACAGUAUCAGUUCCUCAUCCAGCUCUAUAGUAUGGCUAAAGAGUACCAGAUCACUAUCUCUCCUGAGGAGCUGGCUUUGUACCAGCACCUCGUCCCCAGCUUCCAGCAUCUCAAAUCCACUGUCAUGAUCUGUGAAACCAAGAGGGAUGACAACAUCUUCAAGUUCAGCGUUGAUCUGGGCAAACACUUAAAUCAACUCAGAUAUGAGCUUGUUCUGGUUAAAAUGAAGGUGAACAAUCCCAUCCUGCUUUGCUCCUAUACGUCUCCCAAAGUGGCCAAUGAGAUCCUCCAGGCCCUCUCGGAGGAGGUGGCCAUCUACUCCAAUAAGGCAUACAGCUACACUAGCUACGGAGAGCUCCUGAGAAACUCUUUUUCUAUGAAGAAGAUCUCCACUGUGGUCCGCAUGAAGCAGGGCCGUGGUUCUAACGCUGCCGAAGUGGAGGCAGAGCUGUCUGAGGUGGACUAUGCCCUGACGCUGAGGAAGAUGCUCUGGGGGAUGCAGAAGGAAUGGGAUAAACACUACAGCCGUUGGAGAACCACCACCUUCGAGCUGCUCAAUGUGGACGAUCUGCAAAAUGAUGUCAGCCGCUUUACACAGACCAUCUACAUGUUAGAGAAAGGUUUACCUGAAAACAACAUAGUUCCCAUUCUGAAGCAGAAGGUGAUGGACUUCAAGCUUUGUCUGCCCAUCGUCCUGGCUCUCAGGAACCCUUAUCUCCGUCAGAGACACUGGGAAGACAUCCAGAGCUAUAUCGGACAAUUCUUCACCAAAGAGGAUAACUUCACCCUUGGAAACCUAUUAGACAUAAAGAUUCUUCAGCAAAGUGGUUCGAUAGGGGACAUCUCCACUACUGCCACCAAUGAGGCCACUUUAGAGAGCAUCCUGUACAAAGUGAUCGACCUGUGGAGGAACACAGACUUCCGUCUGAUCACCCACCAGUCUGACGCAUCCACGGUGAAAAUCAUCGCCUCGGCAGACGACGUCAUGGCACAGCUAGAAGAGAGUCAGACCACUAUCAUGAGCAUCAAGGCAUCCCGCUACGCUGAGCCUAUCAAGUAUCUGAUAGAUGAAUGGGAGAGGAAGCUGAACCAGUUCUCGCAUACCCUGGAGGAGUGGGUCAUGUGUCAGAAGAGAUGGCUCUACCUGGAGCCUAUCUUCUCUGCUGGAGGGAUUCAGAGACAGCUCCCAGCGGAGGCCAAGGUGUUCCUGCAGGUGGAUCAAUCAUGGAAGGAGAUCAUGAGGAGGACAGAUGACAGGCCUAAUGCCCUGAGAGCAGCUACCGCCCCUGGGGUCCUGGAGAUGCUGCAGGCUGGCAACGUCCACCUGGAAAAAAUACAGAAGUGUCUGGAGGAUUAUUUUGAAUCCAAAAGAUCAGUUUUCGCAAGAUUCUACUUCCUCAGCAAUGAGGAACUGCUGGAUGUUCUGUCACAGAGCAAAAAUCACAACGCCAUUCAGCCUCAUCUUGUAAAAUGCUUCAGCAACAUCCGUCACCUGAACAUCCAGGAACAAGCUAGGAUUCACCAUGUGGUGGCAAGCAUACAUUCAGCCGAGGGUGAAACUGUGACCAUGCCAAAAAAUGUUCAAAUACGUGGGCCAGUGGAGCAAUGGAUGGGAAAUGUGGAAACAGCAAUGUACAACACAGUGAAAAGGCGCUUGAAGAUAGGAGUGUCAGAAUGGAAUCCUCAGAACUUUAAGAAAUGGGUCCUCUCUCACCCCGGACAGGUCGUUCUCACCGUGACCCAGAUCAUGUUCACUAAGGACUGCCAGGAAAGCUUCAGCAGUGAAAGGCAGCUGGAGGACAUGGUGGUGGUGAAGCAGCAGGUGAUCCACAAUGUGGAGGAGCUGGCUGACCUUGUGUCCGAGCCCCUGCCCUGUCACCAGCAGGCCACCCUAGAGGCCCUGCUCACAAUCCUGGUUCACUGUAGAGAUAUCCUCAGCCAUCUCCUCCAGAACCGCAUCACCAGUGUCGAUGACUUCGAGUGGACAAGGCAGCUUCAAUAUGUCUGGUAUGACAGCACCUCUCUGUGUUACGUGGUCCAUGCCCAGGCUUCCUUCAUGUAUGGCUACGAGUACCUGGGCUGUUCUCCUCGACUGGUCAUCACGCCGCUCACUGACCGAUGCUGGCUGACCCUCACCGGGGCCUUGAGCCUCCAUCUGGGGGGCGCGCCCGCCGGACCCUCUGGAACAGGCAAGACAGAGACCGUCAAGGACCUGGCCAAGGCGCUUGGAAAGUUCUGUUUAGUACUGAACUGCUCGGACAGUCUAGACUAUAAGAUGAUGGGGAAGCUGUUCUCUGGCAUGGUGCAGUCUGGUUCCUGGUGUUGUUUUGAUGAGUUUAACCGUAUCAACGUAGAGGUGUUGUCAGUCAUCGCUGCUCAGCUUCAGUCCAUUAAGGCUGCCAUGCAUAGCCACAGUUUACGGUUUAUGUUCGAGGGAAGAGAUAUCCGACUGAACGCCUCAUGUGGAUUCUUCAUCACCAUGAAUCCAGGUUGCAAAGGUCGAGUGGAUCUCCCUGACAACCUAAAGUCCCUGUUCCGGCCUGUCUCUAUGAUGGUACCUGACUUUGACCUGAUUGCUGAGAUCAUGUUGUUCUCUGAGGGCUUCAAAUCAGCCAAAUCACUGUCCAGGAAGAUCGUCAACCUCUACCAGCUCGCCAGCAAGCAGCUGUCUCAGCAGGACCAUUAUGAUUUUGGAAUGAGAGCCAUAAAGUCCGUGCUAGUUCUCGCUGGUCAGAAGAGAAGAUUCGCAGCGCUGUCGUGUGGCCUGACACCAGAGGACGAAUGCUGCGUUCUGAUCUGUGCUUUACAAAACUCUAACUUACCCAAGCUGGUUCCUGAGGACGUUCCUCUGUUUAAAAGCAUCAUGGAGGAUCUCUUCCCCGGCGUCAUCAAUCCCAAAACUAUCCAUCCUCAACUAGAGAUCGCCAUAGCUAAGGCUACAGAGAUUCUUGGAUUUCAACAAUGGCCAAAUCAAGCAGAGAAGGUUACACAGCUGUAUAGCCAGAUUUUGGCUCGAGGAGGGGUGAUGUUGAUUGGUCCUACCGGAGGAGGGAAGACAACAGUGAGACUCAUCCUGCAGCAUGCUCUACACCUGCUGCCCUCUCUGUCUGAAGUCCACAGGAGGACCAACGUCUUUAUGGAGUUGGCACCGAGUUCAGAGGUCCACGUGGAAAGCUUCACCAUCAACCCCAAGUGUGUGAGCUUUGGAGAGUUGUACGGUCAGGUAGACCCCAACACUCUGGAGUGGUCAGACGGCCUGUUCGCUUCUGCAGUCAGAACCUACGCUAAAGAACUCUUCGAACAAGACAACAAGACUUCCAAAGACAGCGAGAGCAGGAACACCUCUUCAGAUGUUUUGAGUGAAUCCACUACACCCUUACCUCCCAGCAGUUAUCAACAUAACUUCAUGGUUGACAACUGGCGUUGGAUCAUAAUGGAUGGCCCAGUGGAUAUCCUGUGGGUCGAGAACCUGAACACUGUGUUGGACGACAACAAGAUGCUGUGCCUGGUGAACGGAGAGAGGAUCAGCCUGCCAGAUGGUAUUAGGUUCCUGUUUGAAGUGGAUACUCUAAGCCAGGCCACCCCCGCUACCAUCAGCCGCUGUGCCAUGGUCUACAUGGAUCCAGUUGACCUGGGCUGGAAGCCGUACGUGAGGCGCUGGCUGUCCCAGCUGCCCAGACAGCUGAGCAGAGAGGGAAGGAACCACAUCCAGCAGCUCUUUGACAACAGCAUCACCCAGGGGCUGAACUUUGUCAAGAAGCACCAGAAGCUGCUCAACUUCCAGAUCCCGGAGAUGUCCACAGUCAUGACCGUCUGCAGCAUCCUGGGGGCUCUCAUUAACUUCAUGCAGGGGAAUGGUGGCCUGGGACUAAAUCUUGAGACAUUGUCAGAGGAAGACAUUGGGAAGACCUCUGCAGACAAUGAGUCCACAGGAAAAGGGGAGGAUAACAAAUGGUUUCUACAGAAAAACCCAGAAAAACUCACGAUUCUUCUUGGGAAGCUGUUUGUCUUUUCAUACGCCUGGGCAGUGGGAGGAGUCCUAAACCAUGUAGAUGACUAUGAUGAUUCACCAUCUGCUACUAAAGACAAAAGCUGUCACCUCGUCAAUGUUGCACACGCAUUCAAAAACCUGAUCCACAAGUUGUUUGAAGGCGCACCUUGCGGUGUGUCUUUACCAGCGGGGAAUCGUAUGAUCUUCAACUACUUUGUGGAUCUACAGACAGGUGCCUUCGUUCCCUGGGAUGAGUUGGUUCCUAGCACCGAGAGUCUUAUACGCAAAGGACUGAACACAUCCUCAGGUUCUGAAUCAUUGCAGUUGGGAGGAGCCCUGGGAGAGUCUAACACAACAGAUACCACCAGCUUUCUGAGAUCAGGCCCCAUCUGCAGCAAUGAUACUGUCCGCUACUCCUUUCUAAUGAGCCUGCUGCUGCUCAACAAACAACCAGUACUUCUCACAGGGGAUUCUGGAGUUGGAAAAACCAUUCUCAUCCAAAGCAUUCUAAAGAAACUACAGAGAGACGGAGGAGAAAUGGUGAAUCAAGGGACUAUGCUGGGACGAGUGUUUCUACACAACCAAUCCAAGACAGCCAGCCUGCUGGAGGAUGUUAACCUGCUGACAGCUGUGUUUGGGGGAGAUGCAGAUAAGUCUACAGACGGUGAUUCAUUAAGUGGCUUGUUAAGCAGCAUGCCGUUUGGAGUGUUGCACAGGAUGCGUAGUCCCAGCCAUACCUCAGAAUCCUCAGGAAUCCUGACCUGCACCCUCCAGUGCACUGCUCGUACAACCACUGCCUACAUACAGGCACACAUGUUACAAAACCUUGUCAAGAAAGGCAAAAAUAACCUUGGUGCACCCAAAAAUAAGUCUGUCUUGGUGUUUGUAGAUGAUUUGAACAUGCCAACACUUGAUAGUUAUGGCGCCCAGCCUUCCAUGGAGUUUAUUCGCCAGUUCAUCGAGCUCCAGGGAGUAUUUGAUGCCAAGACUCUCACCUGGAAGGGCAUCCAGGAUGUGACUCUGUGUGCAGCCUGUGCCCCUCCGGGUGGGGGCCGUCAGAGCCUCAGCCCCCGUCUGCUAAGACACUUCUCUGUCCUGCUGCUGCCACACCCCUCUAGCAACACCAUGCAACACAUCUUCCAGGUCCAACUCGGGAAGUUCUUUGGUAUCAGAGAUUUCUCCAAGGAGGUGCGUAAAUGCAGAGAGGCCUUGGUGUCUGCCUCCAUCACUGUCUACAAUGAGAUGUGUCAACGUAUGAUGCCCACUCCAGCCAAAUACCACUACACAUUUAACCUCCGAGACCUGUCCAAGGUGGUCCAGGGCCUGAUGCAGGCCAGCGACUCUGAGCUGAACUCAGAGGAGGCUGCAGCCUACCUGUUUUCCCACGAGACCUCCAGAGUGUUCCACGACCGCCUGGUCAACGAGCAGGACAGAGAACUGUUCUUUCAGAUACUGUCCAACGAGCUGCACAGUUACUUCAAGGUGUCCUGGCCACCAGAGGAGCUGAUGAGAGAACCCAUAGCAUUCGGAGACUUCCUGGAUAUGAGCAUCCCAACUGCUUCUAGGAUCUAUAAGCACCUGCCAGAGUUGAAGAAGAUCCAGGCUGUACUGGAGGAGUGUCACGCUAGUCAUGGAAGGAAAGCCUCUCAGUUACCCAUGGUGUUUUUCAGGGAGGCAGUGGAACACAUCACUAGAGCCGCCCGGGUCUUCAGAUUGAAGGGAGCACACAUGAUGCUGAUUGGACUGGAUGGCACAGGGAAGGAGGAGUGUGUGACUCUGGCCUGUCAUGUGUCUGGAAGCCAUCUCUACAGGCUGUCUGUCUGCCGGAACUGCAGCUACUCAGACUUCAGAGAUGACCUCAAGAGGGUGUUCAGACAGGCCGGGAUCCAACGUAAAAACACUGUGCUGCUCAUCACUGACUCAGACAUUGUCAAGGAGUCAGUCCUUGAGGAUCUGAACUGCAUUCUGAAAUAUGGUGAUGUCCCUGGCCUGUUUGACAACGAUGAGAUUGAUUCAAUCACUGUGGAUCUCAAGUCAACCAUGGAGAGCUCUAUCGGUGAAAAUAGAGAGGAGAUGUACUCUUAUUUCAUAGAGCAAGUUCAUCAGAGACUACACAUCGUCCUGGCCCUGAGCCCUGCUGGGAUGCGUCUGAGACAGUACUGUUGGGCCCACCCGGCCCUGCUCUCCUGUUGUAACAUAGACUGGUACAGUGAGUGGUCUAAAGAUGCUCUGCUGCAGGUAGCCAACAGCACCUACAUCAACUCUGACCACUUUGACUGGCUCGGACAGGUCCUGCAGAACAAGGUAGCCAGAGUGUGUGUGGAUAUCCACCAGAGCUCAACCCAGAUGGCUGCUCAGUAUCUGCAGGAGAUGAGAAGGCCCUACUACAUAGUCCCCAGCACUUUCAUCGAGUACAUAGACACCUUCACCAAGAUGUGUCGUUCAGAGGGGUCUAAGCUCCAUAAUGUCAGAGAUCGUUUUAGUAACGGACUCUCUAUAUUAUCUGAGGCAACAUCUCUAGUCACUGUCAUGCAAGAUGAACUUCUAGCUCUAGGCCCACAGAUAGAGGAGAAGUCAAAGGAAAUAGAGAUAUUGAUGGGUAAACUGAAAGAGGAUUCUCAAGCUGUGGAACAAGUCCGAGCCAUCGUCAAAAUCGAAGAAGACAUGAUGGUGCAAGAAACACGGAUCGUUCAUGAAUAUGCAGAGGAUGCCACGGCAGAUUUGAAUAAAGUUUUGCCUCUGCUGGAGAAAGCAGUUUCAGCUUUAGAUGCUCUGCAAAAGAGCGAUAUUUCAGAAAUAAGAGUAUACACCAAGCCUCCAGAACUGGUCCUGACAGUGAUGCAUGCAGUCUGCAUUCUGCUACAGCAGAGGCCUGACUGGACUACAGCUAAACAGCUGCUAGGAGACCCUGGCUUCCUCAAGAGACUGGUCAGCCUGGACAAAGACAGCCUGCCAGAGAAGGUGUUUCUGAAGUUGAGGAGGUAUUCUAAGUGUCCUGACUUUAACCCUGCCAAGGUGGGCAUGGUGUCUAUAGCCUGUCGUUCUAUGUGCCUCUGGGUGCUGGCUUUGGAGCACUACCAUGAAGUGUACAAGAUAAUUGAGCCCAAACGGAACAAAGUCAACGUGGCCCAAGCAGCAUUAGUGAAAUCAGAAUCUAAUCUGAUGAAAAAGCAGAAAAGACUAUCGAAGAUCGAGGAGCAUCAGAAAGCUUUGGAGGACCGCUACGAUGCCAGUGUGUCUGAGAGACAGGAGCUGGGGAGACGUAAAGAGAGGACCACGAACAGAGUGCAGAGAGCUGCUUCACUCAUAUCAGCCCUGUCUAAUGAAAAGGAUCGCUGGGAGAAGGCAGUGUGUGACCUGGACAACAAGCUGCAGCACAUAGUGGGUGACGUCAUGGUUUCUUCAGCGUUCAUCACGUACUGUGGACCUCUGACGGCCGACUACCGUAAAGCCAUGGUGAAGAAGUGGCUGGACUUCUGCCACAACAUGGAGAUCCCUGUCUCUCCUCAGUACACCUUCACCUCAGCCAUGACUGAGAAGAACCAGGUGAGACACUGGCAGAACACAGGCCUGCCACCAGAUCAGAACUCCACAGAGAAUGCUUUGAUCGUGAAGAACGGUCCCCACUGGCCCCUGCUGAUCGACCCCCAGGGCCAGGCCACCAGGUGGAUAAGCUCUAUGGAGGGCGUCAGGCUCAGGAAGAUGCUGGCCUCAGACCCCAACUAUAUGAAGACAGUGGAGAGGGCCAUUCGCAUGGGGGACGCUGUCCUUAUUCAGGAUGUUCUUGAGAACAUAGAUCCCUGUCUUCAGCCAAUCCUGAUCAAGAACCUUACAAUACGUGACGGUCAAUCAUUCAUCAAAAUUGGAGACACUGAAAUUGAGUACAAUCCCAACUUUAGGCUCUACCUGGCCACCUGUCUGCCCAACCCCCACUUCCUCCCGGCAGUGUGUGUCCUGGUGAAGCUGAUCAACUUCUCAGUAGAGUACGAGUGUCUGCAGGAGCAGCUGCUGUCCAGCGCGGUGUCUCUGUAUCAGCCAGAGCUAGAGCUGCACCACAACCAGCUCCUCCACACUAUUACUGCUGACCUGUUCAGCCUUCACGAGCUGGAGAACAGGUCCCUGCUGCUGCUGCAGGACACCCAGGGACACAUAUUGGACGACCAGGACCUUGUUGAUAACCUGAAAAAGUCCAAGGUCACCUCCAAUGAGAUCUCCGUGCGAGUUGAGACGGCUAAGGACAAGGAGAAGGAGAUCGACGAGGUCCGCAAGAAGUACCUCCCUAUCGCUAACCGUGGUGCAGACCUGUAUUUUGUCCUGGCCGACCUCACCCAGAUCAACUACAUGUACCAGUUCUCCCUGGACUGGUUCAAUGACAUGUAUGUGAAAGCUUUGCAGGUGGCUACGGAAGGCCAGGAGUGGCCCACCCUGGACGUGUCCAUGCCUGUGACGGGCACCCUGUGCCCGGCUGGAGCUAAAAGCCUGAGGAGGGCUGUGGUGGUGCCUGGAACAUGUGCUCCCAACAUGGGGGACUUUAACCUUCGUCUCCUCAAGAUGAUGAACACCAUCACUGAGAGUAUAUACAAGGAAGUGUCCCUGGCCCUGUUUGUGGACGACCAGGUGGUUUUCUCCUUCCUGAUGUGUUGUAACAUCAUGAAGACCAACAAGCACAACAUGAUAGUGGGCAGCACUGAUUUCCUGCCUGCUGAAGAGUGGAAGAUAUUCCUACACUCUGCUGUGCUGGCCAGCAUGAUGGACUCAAAGAGAGCCGAACAGGAGGAAGGGGAGCUCCUGGGCGAGCGUCCGGACCACCCGUGGCUGACAGACAGCAUGUGGGCACAGUGCCAGUACCUGUGUGCCCACCUGCCCUGCUUCGCCACCCUCUACAAGUCCAUCCAGACCAACCGUUUGCAGUGGGAACUGUUCCAGCAGGCUAGGAACCUCUAUGAGUUCCUCAGUGAGCCCUACACUGGACACGCUGGUUCUGGUACUGAAGGAGAGUCAUCCCAGUCAGCAGCAGCCUCGAAGGACAGGCAUCUCCCCAAGUGUGUCCACAUCUUCCCCUGGGAGAGCCUCUCAGGCUUCCAGAAGAUCAUCUUGGUGAAGAUCCUGAGGCCUGAGUGUCUGAACACGGCAGUGAAAGCCUUUGUCAUAGAGAAGAUGGGUUCUAAGUACCUGGAGGUUGGAAAGAUCUCCCUGAGAGAGGUGUAUGAGCGCUGCUCUGCCAAUGUGCCCAUCGUAUUCCUCCUCUCCCCUGGCAUGGACCCAGCUUCCCUCCUGGUGCGUCUGGCCCAGGAGCUGAGGGGUAGCAGCCUGCACCUGGACAUGGUGUCUCUGGGUCAGGGCCAGGGCCCCAGGGCAGAGGAGCUCAUUUACAAGGCCCAGGUCCUCAAGGGCCGCUGGGUUUUCCUGCAGAACUGCCACCUGGCCGCCUCCUUCAUGCCCAGACUGCAGACUGUCGUCAACUCGUUGAAGUGGAAAGGCUCAGACCUGGACCCUCACUUCCGUCUGUGGCUGUCCUCUAAACCAGACCCAGUGUUCCCUGCCUCCAUCCUGCAGAGAGCCAUUAAGAUAGCUGUGGAGCCUCCUCGAGGUCUGAAGGAGAAGCUCCUCCACACCUUCAGUCCCAGUGGAGAGGUGACCGAGAGGAGCUUCUGUAAAAUGGACUGCAGCCCAGCCUGGAAGACUUUGCUCUUCAGCCUCUGCUUCUUCAACGCCAUCGUGCAGGAGAGAAAGAAGUACGGCCCUCUGGGGUGGAACAUACCCUACACCUUUACAUCUUCUGACCUGGAGGUGUCCAUGCUGAACCAGGAGAGUCUCCUGCGGGCUGCGGAAGGUUCCGAGCUGCCAUGGGCGGCCCUACGCUACCUGACGGGUGAGGUGAUCUACGGAGGGCGUGUCACCGACCCCUGGGACCGCCGAUGCCUGCUUACCAUUCUCCACCGCUGCUAUACCUCCUCGGUCCUGCAGGACGGACACAGCUUCUGUCAGGCUCAGGGCUACCCUCCCUUCCCUAAAGACGCCAGCUGGCCCCAGUGUAGAGCCUACAUAGAGAACAUGCCCGACAAGGACCUGGCAGAGGUGUUUGGCAUCGACAGCAGUGCAGAGACGUUGAUACUGCAGAACCAGACCCAGCAGCUGCUGCACACCAUCGUCAACCUGCAGCCCAGGCUCUCUGAUAGCAGCCUGCUGGUCAGCGACAGACAGUGCCAAGAUAGCGUAGUUCUGAGGAUGGCCAUGAACAUCCUGAAGAAACUACCAGAGACAGUGGAGGUUGAUCGUGUCACAGAGAAAACACUAUUCCUCAGAGACAUCAUCGCCAAAGUCAACUUUGCAGAAUCAUCUUCCUCUGACCAGGGUGAGAGAUGCACAGCCUCGGCCUCCUCUGCCCUGCUGGUGAUCCUGCGACAGGAGAUUGACCGGUUUAACUACCUCCUCUGUGUGGUGCGCUCCAGCCUCCUUUCCUUCUCUGCCUCUAUCAGAGGAGAGGUGCUGAUGAGUGAGGCUCUGGAGGAGGUCUACACUGCCCUGCUCACCAUGAUCGUACCAUCAGACUGGAAGCACUGCUCGUACGAGUCGUGCAUGGCUCUGGGUUCUUGGAUCCAGGACCUGGAACAGAGAGUGUGGUUCUUCAGAGCCUGGGCAGACAACAUCAAGAUCAACCUUAUAGAAAAGAUACCUAUUAUUAGUGGAGGAGUCUACUCUCUGAACCGUCCACCUAAGACUGACCUGCAGCAGAGCCUCAAGAACAGGAAGCCUCGCUCCUACUGGCUCUCUGGGUUCUUCUUUCCACAAGGUUUUCUGACAGCUGUUCUCCAGAACAGUGCUCGACAGAAGAACGUGCCUGUAGACUCUCUGUCUUUCACCUAUCAUGUUCAACCCAUGGAUGAGAGCUCCAGCAACUGGAGCAAAGUGGCAGACAAAACUAAACUCCUUUUUGAGGGCCCAGCUCCACCAGAUGAGGGCGUGUUGGUGUAUGGGCUGUACCUUGACGGAGCCAGCUGGGACCCUGUCUCUCACACCCUGCAGGAGCUUCAGCACAACAUCAAACACUGCCCUGUGCCUGAGAUACACUUCCUACCCUGCCAGGUCUCGGAGGAUGCUGUGGCCGUGCCUACUACAGAGUCUCCUGGGGACCUCCAGUUCUAUGACUGUCCCCUGUACCGUACCUUCAAGCGGGCAGGCUUCCUCUCCUCCUCAGGCAUCUCUACCAACUUCAUCACAUCCGUGUCUCUACCCACCUUGGAGUGUCCUACUCACUGGGUAUUCAGGGGCACUGCCCUCCUCUGCCAACCUAAUGAAUGAACAAACUCAAUACCAACUGUUUACACUACAGCUAUGAGUGAACUCAUUACCAACUGUUUACACUACAGCUAUGAGUGAACUCCUUACCAACUGUUUACACUAAAGCUAUGAGUGAACUCAUUACCAACUGUUUACACUACAGCUAUGAGUGAACUCAUUACCAACUGUUUACACUACAGCUAUGAGUGAACUCAUUACCAAAUAAAGACUGUUUCAAAGUAAGGACUGUGAAACCUGAAAUACUUUUAAAAAUGUUUAUUUUCUCAUUUUCGAAACACUGAAAAUGUCUCAAGUAUCGUUUGAACAUAUUUUGUUGCCAUACCUACUUACACACCAGACCAACAUGACAAAGUCGCCCACUGGAACACAUUAUUGAAAGAACAAGUACUCAGUUCCACAAAUAACAGAAAGCUAUUUUCUCAUUGACUGGGCACACAGCGAUAACCAGCAGUACUCAAGUAGUUCUCUGUGUUUCCUCAGGAGUUAUAUGUCUUCGUUUGUCACACUCUGACCAUGAUUUGCUUGUUUCUAUGUUUUGUUUGGUCAGGGUGUGAUAUGAGUGGGCAUUCUAUGUUGUAUGUCUAGUUUGUCUAUUUCUAUGUGUUUUGGCCUGAUAUGGUUCUCAAUCAGUGGCAGGUGUUUGUCGUUGUCUCUGAUUGGGAACCAUAUUUAGGUAGCCUGUUUUGUAUUGUGGUUGGUGGGUUAUUGUCUAUGUGAUGUUGCAUGUUAGCAUUCAGUUUCGAUCGCGGUCACAUUAGUUUCGUUAUUUUCUUUAGUGUACUU